AUGAGCUUCUUCCAAAAAGCCUAUCAGGUCUCGAUUGGACAGGGCACAUUUAGCGCGAUUACGGGAAACCAGACAAAUAACACCUACAAUCACUGUACUAUUAUCGAGCGGCAGAAGAAGAAACGUACGAUAUACGAUGAGUUCCCUGACAUCCAACGCGGACUUGUCCGCAGGCUGGAGGACCUUGAUCACAAAGAUUGUCUGUUACGCUGGAAUUCAAGGUUAGAAGAAUAUGAAGUAGAGUUCGCAGUCGAAAGAACCAUCAGCACUGCCAAGAUUCAUGGCGACAGCUCAUGUUUUACGGUGGUGUCGUAUAAGGGGCAGGAUGCGCAAAAGGCAUGGAAAAAGGACUUUCGACAGUUUUCUGAGACCACGAAUACGAUGAAAAUGCAACUGUUUGGGAUUAACCGGUCGAGUGUGCCUCUGCUAAUAUUUUAUGGAGAACUUCUGCCUCUCGCCCAUCUGUGGGAUAGGCUUGGAGAUUUCGGGCAAGGGUACGCUUGUACAUUGGCUUGCCGCGUAUGGAAUUGUCAAGAAUCUGAGGUGUGGUUAGAUCCAGCGCAAGGAACCUUGAUUCGUGGAGUGGAGGGGCCCAAUCGCAGCGGUCUAUUUCAUUUGACCAUUGGCACUUACGCCGAGAUGCUGCCAUCAAGCGUCGAACUUCUCGACGAAGAUGUUUGCUUCCGCUACUUCUCUCGGUUCCCAUUGGUCAAGGAAUUCGACAGAGACAUCAUCGACGUGCUGCACUUUCUGCCCCUGAGAGAACACGAGAUAUCUCCGAUUUUCAAUCGACCCUACGUCCUUUCUAGGAAGACAGAUUCCAUAAUAGCAGUCGGAAAUAGUGAAUGGAAAGCUGACUAUCACCCGAGGUGCCUUGACGACAAAGUUAUUAUGCCGGAUGGAAGAACGAGGUUCACUCUCACAAACAAAGACCCCAAGUUGAAAUUAUUCUUACUUGGCGAUCUGAAACCCUGGCUCUCACAGGCUUCAAGUGUCUUUGACAGACUCGGAAUCUCGUUGGAUGACGAUUUGUUGUCCUACAAGCUCAUCUUGCCACGUGCCAUAUUGAGUGGAUUUAUUGAAAAUUCACAACCCCGCUCGGAUGAUCAACCCAUAUACUUGUUCCUCCCUAUUUGUCUGCCAUCCGAAGGUGAUUUCGAGUUCACCCACACCUGGUCUUACGACGAAAACGGACAAACACCCAUCCCACGCCAUCAUUGUGAAGUCCUUGGUCUACCCAUUAAGCUUAGCCUGUAUCGCUUCGCAAGCGAGGCAUAUUACUGGCCUAGCGAGAUGUACAAAAGCAUCCACAAAUGGCAGACUGCAAGAGGUUUCGAUCCAACCACCACCGACUUCACACGUUACCUCGAAUAUCCCAUAUAUGAAGUGAGGCCAUCAGAAUCAGGCCAGUUUGAAGAACUGUGUGCUGCAGGCUCCUCUGAAGCAUAA